AUGUCGGAGAACACGGGACAGCAAAAUGAACAGUUAUUAAGAGCAAGUUCUUUGAAGAAAGAAGCGAAACCUGGAGUAAAGAGGAAAAAACGGCAUGUUCUCAUCCGAGUACCGGAUUCAGACACAAAUGGGCCCUAUAAACUCAAGACUAAGAUACUUAUAACAGCACUAGCAGUUCUUGUUUUUGUGUCUGCAUUAAGUGGAUACCUCAUUGGAAGUGCAGAUUACUCCUCGAGAAAGACAGCGGAGCCUCCUGACCCAAUUGAACCUCUGAAACCUUCAGCAUCACGACUCCACGUGUUCCGGAAUUCCGCUGUAUGCACAGAUGCACUUGCAUGUUCAGAAAUUGGCAAAAAUAUUCUCGCCAAAAAUGGGUCGGCAGUGGACGCAGCUAUUGCAGCAAUGUUGUGUAAUGGUUUGUUCAACCAGCAAAGCAUGGGGAUUGGUGGAGGAUUCUUCAUGACGAUCUACAUCAAAGACGAGGGGAAAGCUUACGCUGUCAAUGCAAGAGAACAAGCUCCGGGUGCAGCAACAGUCAACAUGUUCAAAGGCGAUUAUUCGAAGUCACACACUGGAGUACUCUCCGUGGGAAUACCAGGCGAACUACGAGGGAUGUGGACAGCCUAUAAGCGAUGGGGAAAGUUGCCCUGGGAGAGCCUUGUCACACCUACCGUAGAAAUAUGCAGGGCUGGAUUCCAGUUAAGCAAGGUCAAUUAUGAUGGAAUCUUGGCAGCGCCGGGAAUAAAAAAUGAUCCACAUUUCAGGCAAAUGUACUUCAAUUCUGCAAAAGGACAAUACCACAAGCCUGGCACCCUCGUGAAACCUCCCGAGGCCAUGUGUAACACUUUCCAAAGAAUAGCGGAGAAGGGAGGAGAUGAGCUUUACAAUGGAAGCCUGUCCAUCGAGUUCUUAGAUGACCUAGAACGGAUAGGUAGCAUUAUUACUGCUGAAGACCUCCAGCGGUAUGAAGCACAAAUCUUGGAACCAAUUGCAGCAUCUCUCGACAAUGGAGACACAAUUUACUCGCCGCCUCCACCGAGCUCCGGAGCUAUCCUGGUCAACAUCCUGAACAUCCUUAGUGGGUAUAACUUCAACGCGUCCAGUAUAAACACGACGGAAGACAAAAUCCUUACCUACCACAGGAUCAUCGAAGCUUUUAAGUUUGCAUAUGUACAAAGAACCAAAUUGGGUGAUAUGGAUUUCUUGGACUUGAAAGAGCUCUUAGCUAACCUAUCGUCAAAGGAGUUUGGCACGGAGUUACGUCUCCGCAUAAAUGACACCAUGACUAGUAACAGCUCGGCCACGUACGAUGCAGAUUCCUACAACCAACCAGAUUCAGGCACCGCUCAUAUAUCCAUCAUCGCUCCGAAUGGAGAUGCUGUUUCUGCCACAAGCUCGCUGAACUUUUACUUUGGAGCGGGAUUCAUGACUCUCAAGACAGGCAUAGCAAUGAACAAUGUAAUGGAUGACUUCUCGUCUCCGGGCAUCACCAACUAUUUCGGUCUGAAGCCCGCCACGGCCAAUUAUAUCGCGCCUUACAAGAGACCUCUCUCGUCAAUGGGUCCAAGCAUCAUUGUGGACCAGAAUGGAAAUGCUAAGCUGGUUAUAGGAGCUUCAGGAGGAACUAAAAUCACUACUGCUGUUGCUUUGGUAAUAAUGCGCAAGUUGUGGUUUAAUCAAACUAUAAAGGAAGCUGUAGAUGAAGCUCGUUUCCAUCAUCAAAUAACACCAAUGGUAACAGAAUACGAGUUCGGCAUCACGGAGGACAUUGUGAAAGGGCUGCGAGCAAAGGGACAUGGUAUGGUGCGCUACCGCGGCCGAGGCUCUAUCGUGUGCGCCAUCUACAGAAAUAGAACCGCCAUUUUCGCAAAUGCUGACUUCAGAAAGGGCGGCGACGUUGCCGGCGACUGA